UGUACAAGUGAGUAAGGAGAGAGAGGAGAGAGAGUAGAGAAGAGAGGAAAUAUACAUAUAUAGAUAAGAAAAGAGAAAGAGAAGAAAGAAGAAAUGGAGAUAGUGGAAGCAAGCAGCUAUGAGGCACUGCCACUACUCUCAUUGAACCAUGUCUCUUUGUUGGUGAGAUCGGUGACCACUUCUGUACGCUUCUAUGAAGAUGUCCUCGGCUUUGCUCUCAUCAAACGUCCCUCUUCUUUCAAUUUCCAUGGAGCUUGGUUAUUCAAUUAUGGAAUUGGGAUACACUUGCUUGAGAAUGAAUCCAUGGAUGAGUAUGACACCAUGAAUGAACCACGACCCAUUAAUCCGAAGGAUAACCACAUCUCCUUUCAAUGCAGGGAUGUCGGGCUUGUCAAGAAGAGGUUAGAAGAGAUGGGAAUGAGAUACGUGACGGCGGUGGUAGAGGAAGAAGGGAUUCAGGUGGAUCAGGUGUUCUUCCAUGACCCAGAUGGCUACAUGGUCGAACUGUGCAACUGUGAGAACAUUCCAAUCAUGCCCAUCUCUUCAUGCUCAUUCAAGCCCAAGCAUGGAAACAACAACUACAAGAAGAUGGAAGCAACCAAGUGUGGACUCAUGGAGACUUUCAUGAUGGAGACCCUUAGCAUGGACAUGAUGAACUUUUCAUUCUAGUUAUUAUAAUGGUUGUGAAAGAUUGAAGAACUCUUUUCUACCUACUUUCAAUUUGUUUAUUAUAUGGAGAAUUUUAUGAUAAUUUUGUGUUACAAAGUCCUUGGUUUGGUGGGACAAUAUAUGAAUUGUUUUGUGAAAUAAGAUUGUAAGAUUCAAUUUGAUGUACUUUUCUUUCUAUGUAUAAGAUUGUGUUUUGUUGAUUCCAAUAAAGAUGAAAUGAAAAUUCUCAA